AUGAACAUCAUCGAAACACUAUUCGGACGGACGGUCACCCCCGCCGAACGACUGCGGCAACACCAACGCAGCCUCACAAAGGCUCAACGCGAGCUCGACCGCGAACGAUCCAAACUCGAGCAGAGCGAGAAGAAACUUAUAGCAGACAUUAAGAAGAGCGCUAAAGCUGGACAAAUGAAUGCAUGCAAAGUAAUGGCCAAGGACCUGGUGCGAACAAGACGGUACAUCCAAAAGUUCUACCAGAUGAGAACACAACUGCAAGCUGUCGGAUUGCGAAUACAGACAUUGAGGAGCAACCAACAAAUGGCUGAAGCCAUGCGCGGGGCUACUCGCGCAAUGGGAGCUAUGAACAGAGGCCUCAACCUACCCGCCAUCCAGAAGAUUAUGAACGAAUUUGAGAGGGAGAGCUCGAUGAUGGACAUGAAGGAAGAAAUGAUGUCGGACGCGGUGGACGAUGUCAUGGAGGAUGAUUUGGAGGACGAAGAAGAAGAGGGUGAUAAGAUUCUCAAAGAAGUCUUGGACGAAAUCGGCGUGGACCUCUCUCAACAGCUCACCGACGCACCAAUCGGGCUCGCUGUAUCAAAUCCGAUAGCAAACCGGACACCAGUGGCCCUGGGAGACGGCGGAGGUCACUCAGCAGGAGGCGACAGUGGAAAUAGUGGUGGAGACGGGGGAGUCUCCAUGUCAGACGAAGACGCUCUGCAGGCUCGACUGGAUGCCCUCAGGAAGGGCUGA